AUGAAGUACAAUAUUUAUCGACGCCAACAAACUUUUAGAGAUAGUUUUGUUUACCCGUACAAAAUGGACGUCGAGUUUCUAAGAUAUCAGUUUGAAGAUGGUUACUAUGGAGUUAUUACUAAAAAUGGGUUCAAGAUUGGAGUCCGGCACAUACAGAUGAUGUACAUGCUGGCGAGCGCCAUUAGCAUGGGGUUCAUUAGGGGUAGCAUGGGGGUCGCCGUGCUCGCGGUCAUAGACCCAACGAGGAGAGAUGAUACUUAUAUAAAGAUCCACAACUGGGACGGUAAAAUCCAAGGUUCAGUACUAUCAUCAUUCUUCUUUGGGUACGCGUUAAUGGUGCUGCCAUCUGAGCUGUACCUGAGAAGAUUUGGUGGAAAACUGCAGACGACUGUCAUCCUCUUGAUCAAUGGUGUGCUGUGUGUGGCGAUGCCUACUAUAAUUAACAAGGGUGGUUGGGUAGCCGCGUGCAAUGCUAUGCUGUUUAUGGGGAUGACACAUGCUUGCUUCCACACCGUCAACCGAUCUCUCUUCGAGCAAUGGAUGCCGCCCAAUGAGAGGAAGAUAUUCAGCUGUCUAAUUUAUGGAGGUGUUCAGAUAGGAAUAGUCACAGCUCUCCCGAUAUCUGGCUUGCUCUCAUCAGCUCCGCUGGGUUGGGAGCUAGUGUACUACGCCCUGGCUAUGCUGGCACUUUCUAUGGCUAUCAUAUCUGGUACUCUGACGGCCAGCUCACCAGGAGACCAUCAAGCUGUUGGAGACGCUGAGAUGGAGUUCAUCAAAAGCACUCUGAUCAAUUAUAAAAAGAAAGAAAUAAAUCGUCCAUGGAGAGAGAUUCUUAAGUCAAUGAGAUUCUGGGCAGUGGCAGGCGCACACGCAUCUAGUAACGCAAUCUUUGUCUUCUUCAUUGUACACACACCGUCUUAUUUGAUGACAUAUGGAUUAUCUUUAGAAAAUAGUGCGUGGUACUCGAUGUUUCCAUUCAUCGCGAUGGCAGCCACUUACACAGUGCUGAGUCCGUUCAUCGACUGGGUCUACACCAUACGGUACAUCCACUACAUCUUCAGUGCCAGCUUCUUCAGGAAACUUAUUAAUGGUUUAGGUGCUUUUGGUAUCGUAAUGGGAUUGACAGUGCUCCCAAAUUUUCCGCGCGAGUGGUCCUGCCCAGCGAUACUCGUGGUUACAGCUAUAUUGGCGCUACUCGGUUUCCAGUUCUGUGGAUUUUUGAGUACUUACAAGGAUAUGUCAGAGAACUAUUGCGGCACGCUGAUGACCAUCUCCUGUACUGUCAGCAGUGCUGUGGGGGCUGCUGUACCGUUCGUGGCUGGACUCAUACUUGGCGAUGAUAUGUCGAACGUGGAGAACUGGCGCGUGAUAAUGCUGAGCCUGGCCAGCUUGCACAUGCUGAGCUCAGUUAUUUAUACGACGUGUGCGAGCAACGAGCGACAGCACUGGGACCACAUCAAUAACCACGAUAAGCACCGGUUGGGGCACUACAAUGGAGUUAUGGACCAUCAUCAAGUUCCGAUGGAAGAGUACGGCCACGAGAACCUUGGACUUCAGAGGCAUGAGCUCGAUACCGCCUUGUGA